UCAGCUGUAGACUUUUAUUUUAAACAAGUAAGACAUUCUUAAAUGUGCACCGAAAAUCAAUUUGAUCAGCUUGAAUAUUCAAUUAAUCAAUAUGAGCUUCAAAUUUAGUGAACAGUUCAAUUUUAGAGAAUAUUUUAGGCAGUGUACUGGUUUUUUGAUCCAAUACAUGUGGAUCUUUGAGAAUUCAAAUACAAAAUUUGUGCAAGCCGGCGUUUUGGAUCGACUUCCAAACUCGUGGGUUUGUGAUCUGAACUCUACCACGACGAAAGAAUUGAAUCAGAUACCUUUAGGAUACAUUAAAGAAGGUUGGAGCAAUGAAUUCAAACAAUUCCUUAGUACUCUGGUAUUUCUUGCGGUGUCGUAUGAACGUGUUAAUUACUCCAUCACAAAAGCGCCCCUUUUGAAAGGUGUUAGUCCGAAAAAGUUGUACGAAAUCGAAAACUUGACAAUGGUGAUAGCAGCAAUGUGUACUCCAGACGAGAUUCUCCUAGAUUUCGGAUCAGGGUUAGGUUACUUGAGCCAAAAUUUAAAUCUAAAGCACGACUUUACAGUACUCGCCAUCGAGGGAGACGCCUACCGUGUUGCGGCAAGUGAACAGCGCCAAUCGAAGCUAUUCCCAAAAUCAACCAAUAAUGUAAAGUUCAUUCAACAUUUUAUAACGGAUACCUCCUUUGGUUAUUUAAGUGCUUCGGCCUCAUCAUUGUUUCCACAAAUGCGUCACGGUAAAUUCACCAUAGUUGGCCUUCAUGCGUGUGCGGAUCUUUCUCCGGCGGCCAUAAAGAUGUUCUUAUUGAAUGAGUCGGUAACCAAACUAGCAAUAAUGCCAUGUUGUUACCAUAAACUAAAACCCUCGGAUGAAGGAUGUUCCAAGUUCGAACAUAUUCCCCUGAGCAAUCAGCUCCGUGAUGUUUUAAAGCUUGGCGAAAAUUUCCUCGGUAGACCUUUUCUCCGUUUGGGUUGUCAGCAAACGUGUGCCAGAUGGCAGCUGCAGACAGAAGCACAACAUGACUCCCAUGGAAAAACAAUGUUUGAACGUAGUCUUGUCGAAGCGGUUCUUGACGAGGGACAAUUUGUAACUGCUGCAAAAACACCUCCAGAUCAGUUACCUGUUAAUGCAUACAAAAAAUAUUUACUGCACAACAAUUCAAACCCCGCAAACGUUUGCUCGUGGACAGAGGAACAUAUAAAACGCUAUAAGCAGCUUUUGAAUAAGUACAACAAUGGCGCCAAACUAGCAGAGUAUUUAACGUGCCUUCAAACAUGUUUACAGCCCAUAUGUGAAAAUGUCAUUCUGCUGGAUCGAAUUUGCUACAUUCGAGAAGAAGCAGACAAACGGAACAUAACAGUACGUCUAAAUGUGGUAAAGCUGGCCAAUGACAAACUUUCACCACGUUGUUUUAUUAUCAAAGCUGAAAAGAUUCCUCAUCGAUAAGAAACUAUCAAAAACCGUGUAUACAUAUGUAUCAUAGAAUGUCAAUAAUAAAAUGUAUACAUUUAA